AUAUCGAGAUAAAUGCGAAUAAUUAAUCGCAUUACACAAAGUAUUAUUGUGACGAAACCGUCGUCAUCUCUUCGCCCGAGAUCGUUAUAAAUUGGAUUGAAUUUGUUUCCCUGUACGCGGUUUUCGCAAUCCGAUUAGAGAAUGGAAACCCGAGGAGUGCUACAAAUCCCGUAUAAAUACCGAACGGCUUUUCUGUCGUUUCAACAGAUGACUGACUCGCACUCGAGUAUUUCUUAUCGUCAACAAAUUUGAAGAAAAAUGGUAUUCAACUUUAAAGUAUUCAAGAAAUCCUCGCCCAAUGGAAAGAUCACCAUGUAUUUGGGCAAGAGGGACUACGUGGAUCACAUCUCCGGAGUCGAACCAAUAGAUGGAGUAAUUUUGAUCGACAAUGAUUACAAGGAUAGGAAAGUCUUCGGACAGGUUGUGUGCAGCUUUCGCUACGGUCGCGCGGAGGAUGAAGUCAUGGGAUUGAACUUCCAGAAGGACUUGUUCUUGGUUUCGGAACAGUUAUACCCGGUGGAGAAGGCGAAUACCAGUAAAAUGCAGGAGCGACUGAUCAGGAAGCUGGGGCCGAACGCCUUUCCGUUCACCUUUAUCAUCCCGCCCAGCGCUCCGGCUUCCGUCACUCUUCAGCCAGGUAUGGAAGACGAGGGUCAGCCUUGCGGUGUCAACUACUUCGUUAAAAUAUUCACCGGAGAAAACGAUACAGAUCGCAGUCAUGCAAGAAGCACGGUAGCGAUGACGGUGAGGAAGAUACAAUACGCUCCCUCCAAACAAGGUCGUCAACCGUGCACCGUGGUCAGGAAGGACUUUAUGUUGAGUCCCGGAGAAUUGGAGCUGGAGGUUACGCUGGACAAGCAGUUGUAUCAUCAUGGGGAGAAAAUCGCCAUCAAUAUUUGUAUCCGGAACAACAGUAAUAAAAUUGUGAAGAAAAUCAAGGCUAUGGUGCAGCAAGGAGUGGAUGUGGUGCUCUUCCAGAAUGGUCAAUACCGAACGGCUGUUGCUAGCCUGGAGACGCAGGAGGGCUGUCCAAUCCAACCUGGGUCUAGUUUGCAGAAGGUGGUCUAUUUGGUGCCGCUCUUAUCCUCAAACAAGGAUCGUCGGGGAAUUGCACUCGACGGUCAACUGAAGAACGCUGACACCAAUCUAGCCUCGACGACCCUAUUGGCGUCGCCCGAUCAGAAGGACGCCUUCGGAAUAAUCAUCUCGUACGCCGUCAAAGUCAAGCUAUAUUUGGGAGCGCUGGGAGGAGAGUUGUCCGCAGAGUUGCCGUUCGUUCUGAUGCAUCCCAAACCCGGGAAAACGAACAAGCUGAUCCAUGCUGAUAGUCAGGUGGACACGGAAAUGUUCAGACAGGACACCGUGGACCCCGACAACGAGCUCGACUGAUUGUAAGUAACAUCAGCUGACGAAAACGUCGUUAGGUUACCUUCGAUUAUAAACAGACUUCUUGACAAGACACACCAAUAGAGAAAAUAAUGAUUAUAUCGUAGUAUAUCGGAAUUGUAGAAGUAGUCAAAAACAAGUUACUUAGAUUGAAAUGAGAAAAAUAAAGAUUUUCAUUUUUUUUGUUUACA